AUUAUUUUUCGAGGCCCAUAAUAAUGAUGUCAAUAAUAUUAUUUCUCACGAGAACUUGAAAAGUAAAGCACCAAGACAAUAAUGUGGAUGGAAUGGACGAAUUGGAGGCCAAAUUAAUGAAAACUUCUGAUCAGGAAGCUUCUUGGUUACAAAGCAUGCAAGAACAUCGCGGUAUUCUUGUAGGGUGUGGUGAGUUCAGAAUAUCAUAUUUUGAAGGGAAUAGAUCGGGAGAUUCGUAUUCGUGUUAUCACUGUUAUGGUAGCUGGGAAGUUAAAAAAUUCUGCUGUUAACAAGGCUAUUUGCUGCAGAUGGGGUUUACAGAAUUACAGGUAACAGGAUAGAAUACUCUGUAAAUAAUUUGUGUUUGCAAGUUUCUGUAGUGAGGAUGUCUGUACGGAAAUUUCAAUGUAGUUUCUGCCGUAAGUUCUGUAAUGUUUGUCUGUAAAAGCCAAAAGGGUAGUUUUUCUGCAGUGUUUGUUUUUGUUUGUAAAAGGUAAUUGUUCUCGAGCAAGCUGAGGAUGGUUGGAGUAGUGGGGCUGGUUGUAGCCUGAAUGGUUGGAGUGUGUGUUGAGCUGCUGUUUUGCGGCUGUGAUCCAAGUUUUCUGGAGUUUUAUUUUGUUCUGAUUUGUUGAUAAGUAAAGUCAUCAAGAUUAUUCAUUUAAAAAAAAAAAAAAAAAAAAAAAAAGGGCAUCCUCAAUAUGCUUGAAAUGAUGCUUUAAUUGUUUGUAAUGGGAAGCCAAAGAAGAAAAAUCAACAGUGUAUUGUCUGCAAGUUGCUUGCUGUCUUCCAUCUUCUUCUUGUACAUUCUCUUCUUGUGCUCCUGUCGUGUGGAUUGCUAUCCCAGGAAUACUCUGAAGCAGGGCGACUGGAUUACUGACAAUGGAACAACCCUUCUCUCCAGUGGAGGAAGGUUUGAACUGGGAUUCUUUAACGCUACGGGAAGCGCUAGCCCCAAAAGGUUCGUUGGGAUAUGGUACAAACAGGAUCAACAAAUAGUUGUUUGGGUUGCCAACCGAGACAACCCAGUAGUUAACGCCACUGGAACUUUUGGAAUUGCAGAGGAUGGCAACUUCAGGGUAUCGGAUACCAUGGGAAAGUCGUAUUGGUCUACACAUGAAUCCUUGUCUACAAAUCGAACUACUCUGAAGCUCAUGGAUUCUGGAAACUUGGUGUUAAGCGAUGAUGAUGAUCAGUUGGCGACGGGUCUGUGGGAGAGCUUUAAACAUCCAACAGAUACAUUUCUUCCAGGUAUGAAGAUGGAUGAAAACCUGACGUUGACUUCAUGGAUACGCCAAGGUGAUCCUGGAAUUGGGAUAUUCUCUUUUAAUCUUAGUAUAAAAGGAGGGGACAGAUACGUUAUCUUAAGAAAGGCAGUUUUUAACGGGAGAAAACAGAUUCCAGGUGACUUCUACAGGAUUAAUGAAAUGCCUCGAGUCAUAGACUACUUAUUGUCGAAUUUCAGCAGGAGCGUCAGUUCUACAAAAUCGAACUCUUAUCUCAAAAAUUCAACACACCGGCUGCCUGACUAUAAUUAUGAUUCCACAAGGUUGAUUAUGAAAUACACUGGGCAGUUAGAGUAUCUGACCUGGGACAAGGAUCGUUGGUCUUUGAUAUGGCGGGUGCCAGAAGACAAAUGCAGCAAUAUUUCUAAUGCUUGUGGGAACUUUGGCAGCUGCAAUAUUAACAAUGGGAUAGCAUGCAAGUGUUUGCCGGGGUUCAAGCCUAGUAACCUGGAGAAUUGGAAUAAAAAAGACUUUUUAGAUGGGUGCUCCAGAAAUCCGACAUCAUGUGGCAAGAGCGACACAUUCUUGAGCUUAAAGAUGAUGAAAGUGAACGACCCAGACCCACCGCAGGAUUUGGACAUCGUGAAAAAAAAUGAAACAGAAUGCAGAAAGUAUUGCCUUAACAACUGCCAGUGCCAAGCUUAUUCAUAUGAGGCAGCCCAAAGUACCACCAACUGCAGGAUUUGGACAUCAGAUCUAAGUAAUCUCCAAGAGGAGUACACAAACGGUCGUAACCUCUCGGUCCGUGUAGCAAAAUCUGACAUAGAAUCAACUGUAAGGAAUUGUGAGCCUUGCGGCACAAACAUGAUUCCCUAUCCGCUGAGCACUACACCAAAUUGUGGUGACCCCAUGUACUUCAGUUUCAACUGCAAUAAUUCCACAGGCCAGGUUAGCUUCAAGACACUCGGUGGCACCUAUCGAGUCACGAGUAUCGAUCCAAGUAAACAAAAAUUUGUCAUCCAACUCAAAUAUGGACAAUAUGAGAGAAAUUUAAAAGGAAUACUGCUGCUCAAUGAGUCAUUGCCGUUUAAUCGAGGCAGAUGGUCUACAACUAAUUUUGGCAACUAUAGUUAUGAAGUUAAAGAUGAAGUAGAGAUCAGUUGGGAUCCACCAUUGGAGCCAACCUGUACUUUACUCACAGACUGCAAGGACUGGCCAAAUUCAACUUGCGAUGCAGCAAGAGAUGGAAAGUGGAGGUGCCUUUGCAAGCAAAACUUCCGAUGGAAUGGCUCCACUUUAAAUUGUACUCAAGAAGGUGAUCUUCCUCCGUCGUUAGAAAAGCAUUCAAAAAGAAAGAAGCGGUUGCCUCUAAGUGUUGUGGUACCUCUUAUAAGCGUGUUUGCUCUCACAUGUUCCAUUACUUGUGUAUAUGUAUGGAGAAGAAAGAUGGCCAAGGAAGAAGAAAUUAGAAGUGACAGAAGAAAUCGAGCACUUCGUGCAUUAGACAGUGAAAAACAUGUCAAAGACUUGAUAGACUCGGGUCAAUUCAGAGAAGAAGAUGAGAAAGGUAUAGAUGUACCCUAUUUUGAUUUGGAAAGCAUUCUAGCAGCUACAGAUAACUUCUCAAAUGCAAACAAGCUCGGAGAGGGGGGCUAUGGGCCUGUUUACAAGGGCACAUUUCCAGGAGGUCAAGAGAUUGCGGUAAAAAAGCUCUCAAGUAUCUCAAGACAAGGCUUACAAGAAUUUAAAAAUGAGGUGGUGUUGAUUGCAAAACUUCAACACAGGAAUCUUGUUAGGCUUCGGGGAUAUUGCAUAAAAGGAGAUGAAAAGAUUUUACUCUAUGAGUACAUGCCAAACAAAAGCUUAGACUCAUUUAUAUUUGAUCAAAAGCUAAGCAGGUCUUUGGACUGGGAGAUGCGCUUCAAAAUUAUUUUGGGAAUAGCUCGUGGGCUUGUUUAUCUUCAUCAUGACUCCAGAUUGAGGAUCAUCCAUAGGGAUUUGAAAACCAGCAACAUUCUUCUAGAUAAGGAGAUGAUUCCUAAGAUAUCUGAUUUUGGCUUGGCAAGGAUUGUUGAAGGCAAAGAAACUGAGGCAAAUACAAACAGAGUAGUUGGAACUUAUGGCUAUAUGUCUCCGGAGUAUGCAUUAAAUGGAUUUUUCUCAAUUAAAUCCGAUGUUUUUAGUUUUGGUGUAGUUCUACUUGAGAUUAUAAGUGGAAAAAAGAAUACAGGAUUUUAUCAGUCAGAACUAGCCAUGAGCCUUUUAGGUUAUGCGUGGAGAUUGUGGGUUGAAAACAAGGUGUUGGAUUUAAUGGACCAGAUUCUAUGUGAAGUUUGCAAUGCAGAUCAAUUCAUGAAGUGCGUAAAUAUUGGACUCUUAUGCGUACAAGACGACCCAAAUGACCGCCCCACCAUGUCAAAUGUUGUUAUCAUGCUUGACAAUGAAGCUGCCACAGUUCCAACUCCAAAAAGACCAGCUUUUGUUCCAGGGACAGGCCCUUCCAGCACAACUAGUUCUUCUACUAGACCUAACACACAUACAGAAUCAACUAGUAGUUUAGGAGGAACACGAUAAUGCAUGAUACCAACGCAAAGUUCUUGUGAGUCAGUCCUUUACUAGACUUGCGAAAGUUCUGGUGGACAAACCAUUGGUUUCUAUAUAUAAGAAGUUUGUAUUAGCCCUGCACCCAAAUGAAACUAUUCUCCGGCCAAUAUCUACUCAUUUACUUGAAACUUUUCUCUGGUUACUGUAUUUGGUGAUAAUUAUAUAUAAUUUAUUUUGCUAUUCCGUUUCA